CACACACACAACCACAGACAGGUCGUCGUAGUGACGUAUAAGCCCAAUGGCAGCCUUGUAGAAAAUAUAAAAUUCCACCUCGGUUCGUUUCGUGUCGUGUUUUUCGGUAAUUUUCGCAGAAUAGAAAGCUCGCCCCAACCCAGAACCACCGUCGAAAUGUUCCGGAGUGCGUAGGGCGUCCCGUGAGCAAUGGCAUUUCUGUGUCCGGUCCGGAUCCGGCGGGGGAAGAAGAAAAAACCCAUCGGCAGCGACAUCGACAAGGACUUGUCGAGCAGCUUGGGCCUUAACCAUGGCAUGGGCCGCAUCACCGGGUCGGCCAGCAUCGAAACGCUGGUCCGCGUGGGCAUCGAAAAGGAGCACGGCCUCAGCCCGGACAGCAAGAUGGUCGUGCUGCACGACUUUACGCCCUGCGUGGACGACGAGCUAGAGGUGAAGAGUGGCCAAAUCGUGAACAUUCUGUACCGCGAGAACGACUGGGUGUACGUGAUUGGGCAGGACACCCGGCAGGAGGGCUUCAUCCCGCACUCGUACUGUGCCCCGUUCAACACCCAGCUGGCGGAUAUGGCCAUCAAGAAGAAACUGCCCCGGGACGGAAUCGGCAUUGGCAUUGGGCUGACCAGCAAUGACCUGACGGACGGGAUUCCGGACAUUAACAUAAUCGACGACAGUACGGGGGCCGGUCUGGUCGGGCUGACCGGUUCGCUCAAACACUCGCAGGCGAGUCUUAGCUCGGAGCCUGAUUUCUUGCCAUUUUCAAAGGACCCCAGCGGUCGCUACAUCGUGCUGUACACUUUUAUUGCCCGGGAUGAAAACGAUGUCUCGGUCGAGCGGGGUGAGUUUGUCACGGUGCUGAACCGGGAAGAUCCGGAGUGGUACUGGAUAGUGCGAAGUGAUGGCCAGGAGGGUUUUAUUCCGUCGGGGUUCGUGUAUCCGGCGGAGAACAUUCUCCAGGGUCAGACGAAGCUUAAUAUGACCGGGGGAGGUCCACCCGGGAACAAUAAUAACAACAACAACAAUAACGUGAAUGUGGGAGCAAACGAUCCGAAUGCGGCGAAUAUGCCGAACAUGAAUGGAGGAGGUGGAGUGAACAAUCUGGGUGGAAAUGGAGUUGUUGGCGGUAUGAACCCAAGCCAGCCACAGCAGCCUGGAAUUGGCUCGGAUGAUCUGCGGUAUCAUGGGACGGAACUGGUUAUGCUGUAUGAUUAUAAGGCUCAAGCCCCAGACGAUCUGUCAGUGCGGCGCGGCGACUGGAUCUACGCCGACCUGAACAACCAAACCGUCGACGGGUGGCUAUGGGCGUACGCGCCGAAAACGCGCAAGUACGGCUUCAUCCCGAAGGCGUACGCCCGACCCCCAGCCAUGACCAGCCUGUGAAACCAGCGCAAUCGCAGCGGAUUUAAACAAAAAUAAAAAGCUCUUGUUUGUAAGAUUCGUUUUAAGACUUGACGAGCAUCACUUAUACAUAAUAUUUGUUCAUAGAGGUAUAUAACAUUUACAGCUUCUUCGCAGCUGCACUACGAAAAAUUAAAAAAAAUCUUC